GCAUGUUUUAAAAGCAAAGAACAGACGAGUCGAUCAUUUAUCACAGUAUUGUGAAACUUCUGCAAAAUACAGGGAUAUCAAAUAUAAACAAACGUUACUUAGUUAACAGGCGUUGUUAAUGUUGCAUCACAACUGGAACGUGUGCAACACUUGUAGUUCUGCGCUUGUUUUAUAAUAUUUACGGUAGCCUUAAAACUGAGGGAAAUUCUGAGACUCGCGGCGGAGGCUGAGCACGUAACGCGAAUUGUGCGUGUGGGUCGUGCAAGGGGGCCGAGCAAGUAAAAAGUAAACACUGCGUCGAUGGAAGAACGAAGACCAUCCGGGGUGCAUAAGGCACAUUUCACUUGGGUGUUCUACGUUUAACUGUUAGUUACACUUUGAGGAUCAACGUCAGGAUUUACAUUGUACCCGCUGGAGUAUGCACUUUAACGAAAUAAGUGUAUUUUCCGUGGAUGAUUUCUCACCGCCAUCAACAUUUUGGAUUACUCAUUAAUUCAGUCUGGCUGUAUUUUUAGACACCUCUGCAGUCUUCUUUGUAGUGCGUGUUUAACACCCGAUUAGUAUCAUAUUCGGUAUAACUUCUGCAGUAUGUUUAGACAGGGUUUGUAAACAGUACGCGAUUCCGUUCACUUGUUUUGUAAAUACAGGGAUUAAAGGAACGGGCUUCUUGCUGCUAGCCUAUUGCUCGUGUUCUUUAGCCGCCGCGGCGCUAUAGCCUACCGGCAUCACGUUAGCUAGCUUGGUGCAGAGAACCAGCCGGGGAAAGAAGCCGGCAACAGACGGAUAAAAUGACUAUGUCCGUCCCGGAGAGGAACUCGGGGUCCGGGGGAAAGGAAGAGGAGAGUGAGGAUGAAAGCGAAAUCCUGGAGGAGAGCCCGUGCGGACGCUGGCAAAAACGAAAGGAGCAGCUGAGCCAGGGUAAUGUCCCGGGCAUCGAGAGUGCCUCCUUGGCCAUGGACACAGAGGAGGGGGUGGAGGUGGUGUGGAACGAAAUUCAGUUUUCUGACAAGAAGGUGUUCAAGGCCCUGGAGGACAAGAUCAAGGAGAUGUUCGAGAACCUGAUGCAGGUGGAGCACCCCAACAUCGUCAAGUUCCACAAGUACUGGCUGGACACGAGAGAGACCCGGGCACGAGUGAUUUUCAUCACUGAGUACAUGUCAUCGGGGAGCCUCAAACAGUUCCUGAAGAAAACCAAGAAAAACCACAAGAGCAUGAACGUGAAGGCGUGGAAACGGUGGUGCACACAGAUCCUCUCUGCCCUCAGUUACCUGCACUCCUGUGACCCGCCCAUCAUCCACGGGAACCUCACCUGCGACAACAUCUUCAUCCAGCACAACGGCCUCAUCAAGAUCGGCUCAGUGUGGCACAGGCUGUUUGUAAACGUGUUCCCGGAGGCCGUCCACGGUAAAGUCCGGCACCAUCGGGACGAGCAGAGGAACCUGCACUUCUUCGCUCCAGAAUAUGGCCUGGCUGAGGACGACUACAGCAUCGACAUCUUUUCCUUCGGGAUCUGUGCCCUGGAGAUGGCUGUCUUGGAGAUCCAGGCCAAUGGAGAUACUGUUGUGUCCAAGGAGGCCAUUACCCUCGCCGGACAGUCACUAGAAGACCCCCUCAUGAGAGAGUUCACCCAGUCUUGCCUGCGUCCGGAGGCGAAGCUGCGGCCCACGGCUCACGACCUGCUCUUCCACCGGGUUCUGUUUGAGGUGCACUCCCUCAAGCUGCUGGCCGCUCACUGCUUCAUCAACAACCAGUACCUUCUCCCCGAGAACUGCGUGGAGGAGAAGACCAAGUCGUUCGACCCCAACGGCAUCAUGGCCGAAAUCGAACACGAGGACCGACCGGGGGUCCAGCUCAAAUAUUCCCACGUCUCGCCUCUAGAGCUGGACAAGUUUCUGGAGGAUGUCAAAAAUGGGAUCUACCCCCUGAUGAACUUCGCCUCGCAGCGGCCCCACCCCAUCCCCCGCGCCCUCUCGCUGUCCCAGGAGCAGAUGGAGACGGUGCAGAGCCCCACCCCGGAGCCCCAGGAGAUGGAGACCAGGAAGGUUGUACAGAUGCACUGUAAUCUGGAGACUAACGAGGAAGGGACCAAAACGCAUCUCUCUCUCUUCCUGAAGAUGGACGACAAGCUCCACCGGCAGCUCACCUGCGAUGUCAUGCCCAGUGACAGUCCAAAGGACCUGGCCAAUGAGUUGGUGCACUACGCUUUUAUCAGUGAGGAGGACUGUGAGAAGCUUGCGGACUUCCUGGAGGAGGCGCUGUUCAAGCACCAGGCGGGGGCAUCUGGCCCCUCGGGGCUGUGGUGAAGACGCGCCGCCCCCGCCCCCGCCCCCACCGCUGGGGCAACGGAACAGGGGGGGGGGCGCGGGCGGAAAGGCCGUCCCAGAGCCAAACGCAACCAGGACUCAACCAGGACUCCUGGGCUGGGGCUGAAGGACGGGCUUUUGGAGAGUUUCACGGAGGAGCUCAGCUUUCGGCUGGUCAGAACGGGGGCACUGCGGAUGACUGCGGGGCACCCAGGCCUUGGGACCGUCAUCGCAGCAAGCUUUUCUGUGGGAGGACUGACUGGUCUCAGCCUUCCCACAAUGCUACUGUCAUCAGGACGCCCUCUUGGUUUUGUCUAGACGUGCUUCUUUUCUGCGUUUGUAGAUGUGCCUCUUCCUCAUUGCCAUAUUUAUAUAAGGACCGACAGAGUCACAGCUAGGCUCACUGUAGCAGGAAAGGUUUGACGGGCGCACAUAUUUACCGCAACGGGAAGUCUCAAAAAAGUCCAGUGCUUGGGGCGCAUUCAGAUAUCUUGUUUUUCUCCUUUUUCUUUCUCUUUUUCUUGCCCACCCAUCAGGAGAGGGUAGGAAGAGCUGAAAGAAAAAUAAAUAGAUGGGGAAAUCGAGAAAGCGUGAAUUAGGCAAAUGGAAUGUGAUUUCUCCUUCAAACGUCAGAUCCAAGCCACGUCCGUUACAGGCGUGGCGGAUGCGUGUCAGAUGGGGAGAGGUGGAUCCACAGUUCGAUCAUUUAUACAUCACGCUUCGGAAAAAAAUACUUACACAAAGGAAUGGGCUUGUGUUUCAUCAUGAGAAAGGAAAGUUCAGGAGUUCUUAACUUCUACUUCUAGCUUCUAGAAGGAACAUUUGACAGGUUAGAAUGUCCAUAAAGAUGCCGGAACAAGAUGGAUUUAGGGUUAGGAGCCAAUAAAAGACAAAAGAGGAGAAAAAUAAGCGAUUGGAAAGCCCAGAAUUAUUAGAGAAAGUCUAUACCUUCUUGAUAUCUGUUUGCCAAUUUGAUAUUCAAAAUUGGUCUGACAAGAUUUCUUUGAUUGGGUAUAUAGCCACUCUUAAAAGGAUCUUACAUUCAAGGAUUCAGAAGAAUUUUUCCAAAAUCAGAAUGCAGGUCAUAACAUAGCCUCAAAUUUGUAUCCGCAGUAUUUUCUGUGCGUACCAUCAGCUGUCAAGACAGUGUCAAAUAAAACAAACCACCUUAUUUAUUAGCUUCCCCAUCAGGCAAAUUCUAAAAAAAAAAAAGAAGAAAAAAGAAAUUGGUAUGCUGUCUUUUUUGGUGAAGGUUUUGCAUGUGUAAGUCUGUCAGUCAUUCGGUCAAACUGCUAAUGCGCGAGUGCCUUUGUAUGUCCCGUAGUAAUCUAAAAUAUAUAUUUUUUUUGUUGCUCUUUGAUUCUAGCUUAGUUUUUUUUUUUUGUUCCUUCCUUUAAAGUCUUAAUUGAAUGCAAAGACUUCCACGGCUGACAUCGAAAAGGGACUGGAAAGCCUCCUCCGUGAAAUUGUGUCCAUUCGUUGGAAUGGGUCGAGCCCCGUGAUCGCUGUGUAGGCUGCUGAUCUUCAGCUGCUUGGAGUGGUGGCUCAGAGAGGAGCACUCUGACUGACCAUGGGGCAAUUGCCUCUAUGAGGACCGAAUGUAUUAAAUAUAAGGACCUUGUGAGCUUUACCUGUCUCCGUUGCUAAUGCCCAUCCCUCAAAGCCUUCCCCGUGACUGGCAGGUGGGCAUACAGAGCCAGAGCUGUUUACUCCCAGAAAUAACCUUUAAUUAAGCACCUUCCCAUACACAGACACACACACACACACACACACAAUCAUGCACACACACACACACAGACACACACACAAGCAUACACACACACACACACAAUCAUGCACACACACAAGCAUACACACACAAUCAUGCACACACACACACACACAUACAUACUCACACACACACACACACACACAAGCGUACACACACACACUACAGGAUUAGAGAAGAUGUCAUAAGAAUGACAGACUGGUUUGGUUAUUUGAGUGUAGAAUAAAUUAGUAUCAGUGCAGUACCACUCUCUAACAGUGCUUACCAGCUGUGCUCUCUAUAAAUGGCCAGUGGAAAGUCUGCAUAUGUGACAUCACAUGUCCCAUUCACUAAGCUGAAAGGGAUGCUUCUUCGCUGCUCUCUGGUUAACCAUAUACAGAAAGGCUUAUUGUUCAUCAGAGGGACAGAAGUCAAUUAGAAGGUACAUUUAGAGGAGAUGACCAGACUAUGUAGCCAAAUUCUCCGAUAAACAGACUCAGAACUCAUCUGUAAGUGUCCACGCAGCCUAUGUUUACAAGUUCGUAGAAGGUCCCUGCCCUUCUGCUGUUCUUUUCCCUGUGGGAAGAGCAAACGGCUUGACCGGUUUUCCGUUUGGAAGAGAGAAUAACGAGCAGAGGAAUACGAGAUAUUUCGCAAAAACUUGGGAAUUCUUUACCCCAACAUGAACCUCCUGCAUCGUCUGUACUUAACGUGUGAAUCGCUGUCCAAUCAGUGGCCAUCCUGUAAAUGCAACUCUUAGAUUGUUUAGAAUUGUUUUCUGUAUAUAAUGCUCUCAAGCAUUUUCUGCUAAUGCUUAUUAUUAAAAAUAUACAUUUUUAUUUCUGCAAGUUUUCCAAGAGACUUUCUGGUUUCUGACUGGUGCGUCCGCAUGAUGUUUUGCCAGUGUCUAUAUAUGAUCACUAUUUAAACAAGUGUUCCCUCACUGUAACUUUACAGGCAUGACUGCAUGUUAUGCCACUUCACACGCUAAUUGAGGGAAUGGUGGAGCAGUUAUAGAGAACUUUAUAUGGGAGUCUCUCCUUCAUAGUCUCAUGGUCUUCAGAUUACGGAAAGGGAAUGCCUUUGCACGGGCCUGCCUAAUCUUGGAGAUCUGCAGUGGGGCCCAAAAGUGUGAGAUCACUUGUGAAAAUGCUUCUAUUUUGCAUUAUUUUCUCAUUUAAUACAAACAUUUUCAUUACUAAUUAUAUUAUCAACGUAACAAUUUGUGUGAAAGGUUGUGGGGCUGUGGACCUUUUGCUUUAAUGGCAACGUGGCACGGACUCCACAAAUUUGUGCAAAACCUGGUGAUCCAUGUUAUCAGAGCAAUAUUUGACAAUGUUCCAAAGAGCAUCUUGUGAUGUUACUGAAUGCUUGGCUUUUGUCAGUCUUCAAGUGUCCCUAUAAAUGUUCAGUGGGGUUGAGGUCAGGUGAUUGUGGAUUGUCCAGCACUCCUUGCUCUUCUUUGGUCUGCUUUGGUUGCAAAGACUUUCAUUUGUUUAAAUUUUUUCCGAAUCCUAAAACUUUGUGUUUAUUUCCAGGAUUACCUGAACCCCCCCCCCCCCAGAUCUUCAAUGUGGUCUCAGACUUUUGGACCCCACUGUACAUCCUGUACCUGAUGGUUCCUGUACCAUCUUGUACAGUGGUCCUCACACCUCGUCCUGGAGAGCCACGGGGUGUGCUGGCUUUUGUUGCUACUUAGCACUUAAUUGAUUAAUUAAAGCUGUUAAUUACACAGUUGGCUCACCUCACCUGGUUUCUUGGGGCUGAAUUGGUUGCUGACAUUAGGGCAAAAACAAAAACCAGCACACCCUGCGGCUCUCCGGGACCAGGAGUGAGGACCACUGUUGAAGUAUUUCAUUUCACCCCUAAUUUGGCAUACCUGGUUCUACUGACUGGCAGCUCAAUGAGAUCUCUGGCUGCUGAAUGAGGUGUGCGUUGUUCGGGUAGGAGUGUAAACCCACAGGGAACAGGGUUGGGCGGCCCUGCCUUAGCAGCUGAGACGGGAGCUGUCACUGUGGGUGCUUGAAGACAGGACAAAAUAUACUGUACUUGAAAAAGAGCAAAUUAACCCUGCAGCCGUCCCAACUGCCACCCGGUCUGCCUGUCGGAGUAUGCUUGAUUGAAUGUGUCACGGUCUUGGCCUGCCUUGUCAGUUUGUCCUCAUGUAAAAUAUUGUACGAUAAUAAUAAUAAUAAUAAUAAUAAUAAUAAUAAUAAUAAUAUUGAUGACCAUGAGUAAAAUAAAGUAGUAGCAAGGAACUAGA